ACACCUUCUACUCCCCCAUCUGCGAGCCCGCCCCCGCGGCCCUCUCUGGCUUGGCCCGUUAGAGGCCGCUUUGGUCCGGGAAACGCUGGCGGAUCGACUGGGGCCAUGAGGAAGCUAGCCGCUGGCUUCCCUCUCUCACUCCUCGAGGGGCUCCUCCUGCUUCUGACACCUGCCCCAGCCCAGGAUUCAAUUUCGGCCUCCACCCCAGGCAGCCCUCUCUCUCCCACCGAAUAUGAACGCUUCUUCGCACUGCUGACCCCAACCUGGAAAGCAGAGACUACCUGCCGUCUCCGGGCAACGCACGGCUGCCGGAACCCCACCCUCGUCCAGCUGGACCAAUACGAAAAUCACGGCUUGGUUCCGGACGGCGCUGUCUGCUCCGACCUCCCUUAUGCCUCCUGGUUUGAGUCCUUCUGCCAAUUUACUCAGUAUCGUUGCUCCAACCAUGUCUACUACGCCAAGAGGGUCCGGUGCUCCCAACCAGUCUCAAUCCUCUCACCUAACACUCUCAAGGAGAUUGACGCUUCCUCUGAUGUCCCUCCCGCCACGAUGAGCUCCCCGCUCUCGUCUCACGUCACAGCCACAGAACGACAGGCCUUCCAGCCCUGGCCCGAGAGGCUCAACAGCAACGUGGAGGAGCUGCUACAGUCCUCCCUGUCCCUGGGGGGCCAGGAGCGCAGGCAGGAGCAAGGCCAGGAGCGCAGGCAGGAGCAAGGCCAGGAGCGCAGGCAGGAGCAAGGCCAGGAGCGCAGGCAGGAGCAAGGCCAGGAGCGCAGGCAGGAGCAAGGCCAGGAGCACACGCAGGAGCAGGGGCAGGAGCGCAGGCAGGAGCAAGGCCAGGAGCGCACGCAGGAGCAGGGGCAGGAGCGCACGCAGGAGCAAGGGCAGGAGCGCAAGCAGGAGCAAGGGCAGGAGCAAGAAGAGCAAGAAGAGGAGCUGGAGGAAGAGGGGAAGCAAGAGGAAGGGCAGGGGGCAGAAGAGGGACUGGAGUCAAUGGCUGGGCUGCAGACAGAUCGAGAGCUCAAGUUCCAGUCUGAAUUUGUGUCUUCCAACCCUUUCUCCUUCACUCCCCGGGUCCGGGAAGUGGAGUCCACUCCUGUGAUGAUGGAGAACAUCCAGGAGCUCAUCCGAUCAGCCCAGGAAAUGGAUGAAAUGAAUGAUCUGUAUAAUGAAGAACCUGGCUGGAAAAAGCCAACCCGGGACAGCCUCCUGCAGAUGCCCCACGUAGAGGCCUUGCUGGUGCUAUGCUACUCGAUUGUGGAGAACACCUGCACCAUAACCCCCACAGCCAGGGCCUGGCAGUACAUAGAGGAGGAGCUCCUUGGCUUCGGGAAGCCGGUCUGUGACAGCCUUGGGCGGCGACACACAGCCACCUGUGCCCUCUGUGACUUCUGCUCCCUGAAGCUGGAACAGUGCCACUCGGAGGCGGUCCUGCAGCGACAGCUGUGUGACAACUCACACAAAACACCCUUCAUCAGCCCCUUGCUCAUAGCCCAGAGCAUGUCCAUCGGUACCCAGGUAGGGACGCCAACAUCAGGCCGCUUCUACGGGCUGGAUAUGUAUGGUGGACUCCGCAUGGACUUCUGGUGCGCCCGGCUGGCCACCAAGGGCUGUGAAGAUAUUCGGGUGUCCAGCUGGCUCCAGACAGAAUUCCUUAGCUUCCAGGAUGGGGAUUUCCCCACCAAGAUUUGUGACACAGACUAUGUACAGUAUCCAAACUACUGUACCUUCAAAAGCCAACAGUGCCUGAUGAGAAGCCGGGACCGGAAGGUGUCCCGGAUGAGAUGUCUGCAGAACGAGACUUACAGCAUCUUGAGCCAGGCCAAAAGUGAGGACCUUGUGCUUCGAUGGAGCCAGGAAUUUAGCACCUUGACUCUAGGCCAAGCCGGAUGAGCUGGGGUCCAUACUGUCUUCACCCCAGCCCGACCUUUCCACAUUCCAUUGCUCUUAGACCCCAUCUGUCAGUUUGCUUCCUGGCUGCCCCUUAUGGGUCUCUUAUCUGGCCCCUAUUCACUUUCCUUGGGUUGGGGCAGCAGUCCCAGAGAGGCCCAUGAUGGGAACGCCACCCUCCUUAAAGGAUGUCUUUGCAUAAAGUGUUUAUUUUCAA